AUGUGCAACGGCCAGUCUACACGAACGAGCGAAGGCGGCGUCAUUGCCAUCCUCAAAGCACCCUCAACAAAAUCGAGGCCACCCUUGCACCGAGAAUGGUCGAUGCGGUUACAAGGCGACCACAGUACGGGAGGAACAUCCGCAUGCAUCGACGGCUUUGACGAAGGUGUCGACGGUUCUCCGAUUAAUGGCCACCUUGUCAUCCAUCGCGACGGAGACCUGCGCUCCCUCCCAUCUUCAACUGAGGAAAGCUCAAUACUGCAUCGAAUCACUUUGCCGAAGAGCUUUAAGGCCGGUACACCUUUCCUCCUGCACUCGAAGCUCGAUCUCGGUGUCGGUGGCGAUGGGAUUAUCGGACGGAGAGUGUCGCUGCUGACUGGCGGUGGGGUGUUGGGGGAGGGGAUUGCUGGGUUUAAUUGA